AUGUGUGACCUUGAGCAGCGGAUCGACAUUAUCCAGAUAGACCUGCCAAAGUUUGAAUAUAUAAGCAGAUUCUGGGUGCAAAGCAGAGAGGUCGAAGUUGGUGUUGGGCUGUUUCUGUUAUCUCUUCUGUUUGAUAUUUUGAACAACAUGGCCAAUGCUACUCGAGGCGAGGACUAUUCAACUCAGCACCUGAGCCAGCGCUAUUAUUUCCACGAUUCCAACAUGGAUCUGUUUUUGGUCGGUGCUAUUGGGUGGGGCCCAGCAGGUGGACUAUCUAUUGGAGAGGCAUUUUAUGUAGCCUCACAAAUCGCCGACGGUGACGCCGACUCCUGGUCACGAGCCUUUGAAAGCCAGGGAAUAGCACAGAGCAUGCAAGCCGACGUGUGGCAAAGACGUGGCGCAAUUCAAGCCGCAGGUGAGAUGCGCCUGAAAGCAUUUGCUUGCUACCGAAUGGCCUGGCAGUUUGUUGCCCCGGGCGAGCGUUUUACAGCAUUGUAUCGCGCUCAUGAGAAGCUUUUCGACCAAGCCAUGAUACAGCUGAGCUUUCCGGUCACUCGUUUUGCCGUCAGUUACGGAGGGGGGAAGCUACCUGACCGAUUCUUGUCGCAAGGACGCUACCUUUUUGAACGAGGCUAUUCGAUUGCCUUGGUUGAUUUACCGGGACAGGGAAUUUUCCAAGAGCAAGGGCUUCACUGGGAGCCCGCGGUCGAGAAGCCGAUAGCAGCCGUGAUUGAUGAAUUGAUCGCUUCUUUUGGAGUGAAACCACGCAAACUAGCUCUCCUCGGUAUGAGUAUUGGGGUUUAUUUCGCUUGUCGCGCAGCAGCUCAUGAACCCCGACUCGCAGCGGUUAUUGCCACCACACCACUUCCACAUCCGCUUGAGCUAUUUGAAAAAGUAGCAAAGCAGGACGCUGAGGCUACCGUAUCGCAGGCAGCUCAGAAGAAUCGGGAGGUAAUUCUUUGGAAGGCAGGUGUAUCCGAUUUGUCGGAGCUGGCUCAGCGAUGGGAGGGUAUGAUAGCAGACCCGAAGAAAGUUCAUAUGCCCUUUCUAUCUGUACUCGGAGAGCAAGAAGGGCAGGUAUGGAAGGACCAAGCGCAGGAAUGACAUGAAGCGAUCCCCUCCAGCAAGAAGAGCUUUGUGACUCUAGAUGUGCAAUCGGGUGCAGAUAUCCAUUGCCGAGGAAACAACCCUCUUCGAUUGACUCAGGAGGUUGAGGCAUGGCUGCGAGAGGUAUUGUAAGAACUAUGCUUUGCUCGGCUGCUUCUUAAGAGUGCAAUAUAUCAUGAGAAAGAGGCGACUCGUUUCAUGUUGUUGCUUUUCUUUUUUAGAAACGCCCCAACGCUUCCUGUUAGUUUAGUUUUUAG